CACAUUUUAAAAGUUAUAAAUUCGAAAGAAACAAUCAUUAAUUUUAUUUCAAAUAAUUCGCAAAAUUUGAGGUUAUGUUUUAAAUACAAACCUUUUAUAAAAAUGCUUGCUUUAGCGGAUUAUAACUUUAAAAGAGGAUCUAAAUUAGUUGUGGAGUUAGUAAAUGGUGAUAUCUUAGAAGGAACGCUUUAUAAUGGGGGUAAAAGUCGUUUGGAUCUAAUAAACAUAAAAAUUUAUUCAUCUGAUUACUCUUCGAAAGGGCCAUAUUCAUAUUAUCAGUCGGAAAUUAAAUCUGUACGCGUUGUGAAAGAAAAACCCCAAGAAAAUGGUGAAAUAACUAAUGGUGAAUGUUAUAUAGAAGCAAACAAAACGUUAAUUUCGAUCCCCAAAGAGGAUUAUGAGGAUUUAAUAUUAAUGACGAAAAACUACAUUUACCUUCCAAUGAUUGAUGUUAAUUAUUAUUCAGCAAUAAAACAUUUAAAGACUUGCGAAAAUCUGGGAAUUGCUGCUAUUACAAAUUCGUAUGACAAAUUUGAUCCACUGAGUUUAUUGGUGAUAUCAUCUUGGGAUCAAGUAUAUAUUUUUGAUAUACAAUCUUUUGGAAUUCCAAAUGAUUUGAAAGAUAUUUUAGAAAGUAAUCAUAUAAAAAAAGUUUGUCAUGACUCGAGAUUACCUUGGGGAAUACUUAAAAACCAACAUAACAUUAAUCUUAAUAAUAUUUUUGACACUUUAUGUGCUGAUAUAAGUAUCCAAGAAAAAACUGAAAAAGAUCCAGAAAAAAUUUGUACAAGAAGCAUUGGACAAUGUUUUCAACAUUAUUUUAAUUUUCCUGAAAAUUUUAUGAACAUUUACAAGACAUCUAAAUGGGGUAAACGGCCAUUAUCUCAACAAAGAAAAUCUCAAGCAUCUCAACUUGGUGCCUAUCUUGUAUAUUUGAAAAAUCAUCUUGAACGAAUUAUGUUCAAAACCUUUUUUGAGACAUCUUCUAGAUUUGCUUUGUCUUUUCGUAUUCCUUGCAAUAGUAAUAGUAAAAUUGAUGGUAAAUUAAUUCUUGAUAUCAAGAAAAAACUAUCUUUAUAAAUUCUUUUUCAUCUUGGUUUUAUUUAAA